CUUCAGUUCCUUGCUUAGAAAAAUUAGACCAAAUCUCGUUAUAGCUAACAUUUUGCCUAAUUACCAAAUGAAACUGAAAGUCAUUAGUCUCCAAACUACAUCUCUCAACUCAUCUUUCUCUCUCUAUACAUAUGUAUGUAUAUGUAUAUGUAUCUGAAAAAUGCAUACCCACACCUACUCAACCUCCUGUCUGUUAUUGAUCUUCAUGUUAAUCCAUGUACCAAGAUGUUGGUGUGCCAAGGAUGAGCGAUAUGUAAGAUGUGGUCAGUUGUUUCAAUGCGGAAACAUUAGAAACGUAGGUUAUCCAUUCUGGGGAGCUAAUCGGCCAAACUACUGCGGUCGCUCAGGAUUCGGUCUUAGUUGCCAAAACAGCGAUGCCUCACCACCACAGAUCACAAUUCAACACAUCAGAUACCGAGUCCUUGGAAUCGAAUAUGCAACACGGACUCUCACCGUCGCUAGAGAUGACCUGUGGCACAAUAUUUGUCCCACAUCUUUCAAUAACAUUGCUUUUACUUCCAGCUACUUCAGUUACAAUUUUUGGAAUACCCAGAACUUGACGCUGUUCUAUGAUUGCGCCGUGGCCUUCAAUCAUAGCCAAACACAACCGUUGCCCCUUCAGUUUGAUUGCACAGUGAAUGGUACCACCGGCAGCCGUACUUAUUUUGUGUCGCCGGAAUUAAGGGCUAACGGUAGUAACAUUGACUUGGGAACAUGCAAUAGCAGCAUCAAUGUUCCGGUUUUUCGAUCAGCAGUUGAGGCUUUGAAAAGCAAUUCUUCGUUAAGCAUAAGAGCAGCUCUUGACCGUGGUUUCGGGUUGCAGUACUCGACAGGGAAUGAUACAUAUAACUGUGACCAAUGUGUAAAAUCAGGCGGACGAUGUGGGUUUGAUUAUUGGUCAAGCAAUUCUUCGUCAAGCAAUUCUACUUGGCUUAUGUUUACUUGCUUUUGCGCUGAUCGGCCCUAUUCAUCCCAGUGUAAAGGUACGUGCCCCUGA